AUGCACUCCUCAGGAAAGGGUAUGUCAGCCUCUGCCUUACCUUACAGAAGAUCUCAACCAUCUUGGUCAAAGGCUACCCCCGAGGAAGUUUUCGACCAAAUCUUCAAAUUGGCCAGAAGAGGUUUAUCCCCAUCUCAAAUUGGUGUCGUCCUCAGAGAUUCUCACGGUAUCCCCCAAGUUAAGAACGUGACUGGUAACAAGAUUUUGAGAAUCCUCAAGACCAACGGUCUCGCCCCUUCCAUUCCUGAGGACAUGUACCACCUCAUCAAGAAGGCCGUUUCCGUCCGAAAGCACCUCGAGAGAAACAGAGCCGACAAAGAUGGUAAAUUCCGAAUGAUUCUUAUCGAAUCCAGAAUCCACAGACUCGCUCGAUACUACAUCAAGACCCAACAACUCCCUGCUACCUUCAAAUACGAGGCUGCUACCGCUUCUACCCUCGUCGCUUAA